AUGGCGCCCAAACGUACGCGUUCCGGGGCCGCAAAGAAGUCUGGCGGUCCAAAAAAGGCGGCGGCGGCUCCCCCCCCUGGCCCCCCAAAGGUGGCGACUGGUCCGGCCCCUGCGCCCGGCACACUUGUCUUUGCGGCCCUCAUAAGGGUCGAAUCAUUAUCUAAAACGACCAAUACUGCCCGUGUGCUGAGCGUCGGCUCUGAGGCCCCCGUGCCGUGCGACCACUGCGCCAGCGGAUAUGGACCCUGGGACUUUCUGGCAGCCGAUGCACGUUCCGGCAAGGAUGGCAGCAGCGGCGGCGGCGGCGGCGACGGCACCAACACCAACACCAACACUAACAAUACUAGCAACAACGGGACCGGCGCGGCCGGUACGGUCCCCGUUCAGACCCAUAACUUCUGGAGAAUGCUCGCUCUGGCCCUCCAGACAUCCUCAUCGGCCAUGGCCAUGGCGGCGCAGGCAGCAACCGCAGCCGCAGAUGCACUGGCCGUAGCGCAGGGCAUCUCGGCCGUUCCUGGCCCUACUGACGGGGGAACUGGGGGCAACGGCGGCAGCGGCGGCUUGGGGGGCUCCAGGGGCUCUGGCCCUGGCCCUGGCUCUGGCGGCGACGGGGGCUCCAGGGGCUCUGGCGGCGGCUCUGGUCCACUGCCAAAUGGGCUGACAGUUGCCUUACACUAA